ACUUUUCUGGCAUCUUUAUUUAUCAGCGGUGCCUGCUGUCAACCUGCCUGCUGUCGGCGCUAGCUACCUUGACUCGGACGUAAACCUUUCAGUAAUGACUCCUAACGCCACUCUACCUCAGUGACACUUAGUGUUCGUAUCACGGAACCGGUGAAGGCAAUGGGGCUACCGCAGAGCUCGUUUUUGUCGGACGGGGGAGCUAACAGUGGAUAUCACGUCCACGGGGUUCAGGAGGACUCACCUGCUCUCAGGGCCGGUCUGGAGCCCUUCUUUGACUUCAUUCUCUCUAUAGGAAAUACCAGACUUAAUAAAGAAAGCGACUUGCUGAAAGACCUUCUAAAAGCCAAUGUGGAGAAAGUGGUCAAACUUGAAGUGUACAACUCGAAAACCCAGCGGGUGAGGGAACUGGAAGUGACACCCAGUAACAUGUGGGGUGGUCAGGGUCUGCUGGGCGCUAGUGUCCGCUUCUGCAGCUUUGAAGGAGCCAAUGAGAAUGUUUGGCAUGUCUUGGAUGUGGAAGCCAGUUCUCCCGCAGCUAUAGCCGGCCUCAUUGCUCACGAUGACUUCAUUGUGGGAGCUGACCAGGUGUUACAGGAUUCAGAGGAUUUCUUUUCUUUGAUUGAAGCCAAUGAGGGGAAACCUCUGAAGCUGCUGGUGUACAACACACAGACUGACCAGUGCAGAGAGGUAGUGGUGACUCCAAAUGGAGCGUGGGGAGGAGAGGGAAGCUUAGGCUGUGGCAUCGGCUAUGGCUACUUGCACAGAAUCCCGACUCGUCCAGCUCAGCCUAACUCCCAGAACAAAAAUGUUCUACAAUCCGCAGUGAUUGGCAGCAGUGAAGAGCUGGUUGCGAGUGACCACACUGAGGUGCCUUCAGUGGCUGCAUGUAGCCCUUCUAGCGUCAGUGAAAUAGAUUUGAAUCAAAUCAAAGGAGCUGCGCAGGACUUGUGUGUAAUCUCACCCACGCAGCCAGCUGUAGAUUUAGAUAUUUCCAACAUACCCGAAGCGAUGACACCAGAUUUGUCAGACAUGGUUUCCACCAGUGACAUGGGCCAGAGCUCCAUGUUCGCUAAUUAUGGAGAUGACUCUGGUGAUCAGUGUAGCUUGGAUACCUCAUCUGUUGACCAAAGACCUUCAUCUCCAGAGAGGGAAGACGAAUCAGACACUCAGGAGACCGAGCAGGGGCCUGUUCUUGACAUGAUCACUGCCGCUUCUCCGAGCAAAGAGAUUGCGGAUGACCUCGUUGGGCUUGAAGUCACCACAGAGAACCUGAGCGGCCUGAGUAUCCCAGAGGUGCAAGAUACUAGUUACGAGCCCUCAAGCUCCGCCAGUGUUACGGUGGAAGAGACGUCGGAGACUGUUGCUCGAGACAGUUAACUGCUACACCAGAGUAUAAGUAACCUGUUUCACUCAUAACUGAGUUGCAUUAGAGGAUAUUUAGAGCACAUUAUGAUACAGAAAGCUUCCCUAAUGAUUGUAAGUUGCACCACUGGAACUAUUUUUUAAUUUCUAAGAGUUUUAUUUAUAUACAGGUGCCAUUGCUGCAUGCUGAAUUGCACAUUUGAGAGAGAUCGUGACUUGAAAGUCGAUCAGAUGGUUAAUACAAUCUGAAUGUACUCUAUAAUUUAGGCAUACUGUAUGUCUCAACAUCAAGCAGGAUGAAGCCCUGGUUGAGUCUAAGUUGCUGUUAAAGUCAUCCUAGUUUGCACUAAAAAAGCCAAAGGUGAAUAAUAUUUUUUUCUUGUUGCUCUUAACACUAUCACCUGCUGAAUAGUACGAAACACUGUUAGAAAAAGAACGUUUGAGCUGGAGUUACACAGAUCCAUCAUGUGGUCUUAUGUUUUAUAUUUUGGAAUUUGGGUUUUAUUUUCCCGUGGUUUUAGUACAUGUGUUAAAAAGAUUUUUAAUCUCAGGCAUUUACCAUUUAAGCCUCUUUGCCUUAUGUCUCAUUUUAAAUGCCCUCCUGUCUUACGUGUUGGUUUGACUUUUGAUUGGUGUAUAUGAGCGAGCCAUGUUUGAUACAGCUCACUGAUUGUUUUCUGUUUCCUCUCUUUAUAUAGACUAUAAUUCAAUUAUGUUUCACAUUUUUAUGGAUGGACAAAAAUAUUCAAAUAUUUAUAAAAAGAAGAUGCUCAAGAUAAA